GAAAGGCGUGGCUCAACGGUGAGAUUUUACAGACCGUGCUCGACAGGUCUCACCCGACAAUUACAAUGGCAUCUGUAUGGGAUGAACUGGAUGGUCUUCUUGACUCUCCCUCCUCUUUGACAAUGGAGACCGGGGAGAGAGGCACCGUUAAAAGCAAAGCCGGAUUCAACGCAAAGGAAGAUGCCAAGGCUUUGUGUGAAGCUAUCAAAGGAUUUGGCACAAAUGAAAAUAUUCUGGCUGAAAUUUUAGCCCACAGGAGCAACGCCCAGCGCCAGGAAAUCUGUAAAGCCUACCAAGAAGCAACCGGGAGGACUCUCGUUAGCGAUUUGGAAGGAGACACCGCGGGUGCAUUUGAACGCCUGUUGGUUGGACUUGUCACUCCACCUGCACAGUAUGACUGCCUAGAGGUCACACGUGCCAUGCAAGGACCAGGCACCGAGGAGAGUACUUUAAUAGAAAUCUUUGCCUCAAGAUCCAAUAAACAAAUUAAAGCCUUCUCUGAUGUCUAUUUGGCAGACAAAGGAAGGAAAUUGACACAUGACCUGAAGUCUGAAAUAUCAGGUGAUUUUGAAACCGCGCUGCUCAUCUUGGCAGAGGGAAACAGGGAUGAGGGGAAGACCGCAGACCCAGAGAAAGCCAAAAAGGACGCUAAGGCCCUGUACGAGGCCGGAGAGAAGAAGUGGGGAACGGACGAAAGCAAGUUCAUCGACAUUCUGUGCCACAGAAGCGUACCUCAGCUGAGAAAAACACUGGUGGAAUACAAGGCAAUAAGUGGGAAGACCCUUCAGCAGAGCAUUGAAGGAGAAAUGACCGGGCCUCUCGAGGACCUUCUGGUGGCUGUUGUGAAAUGUGUUAAGAAUGUCCCAGCCUACCUGGCAGAAAGACUCCGCAACAGCAUGAAGGGUAUCGGUACGGACGAGGCGACGCUGAACAGAAUAAUGGUCAGCCGCUCUGAGCUGGACCUGCUGAACAUUAGGGCAGAGUACAAAAAGUUGUAUAAAUGUUCACUGCUCUCUUCUAUUGCGUCGGAUGUGUCCGGUGUCUACGGGGACUGUCUCAAGAUAAUUUGUGGAGGCGAUGACUAACGCAAACUCUACCAAGAGGAGCUGCAGACAGUUGUAUCGCUAUCAAGAGCUUGACUCCUUUCAAUAAUCUCACUUUCUCUGUCCUCAUUUUAAAAAAUGACAAACAAAUUGGUCACAUUUUAAAAUUACGAUUUCAGAAAUAACUUGGGUGCGUGAUCCUUUUGAUGCUUAUUGCGAUUUUUGAGUUCUGACUUGGAACUGAUCAACUCUCCACCUUCUGGAAAUAUCCAAACUCUUUCCCUCAUUUUUAACGCAUUUACCAUGGUAUUCAGUGUUUUUGUUCAGUGUGUGACUGUUGGCCAUAAAUUUAGAGUAGUUAAUCAAACUGUGUUCUUCCUCUACUGCUUGAAAUGUAACUGGGAAAACUGCAGAACUGCUUUUCUAACCAUAAAAUAAAAUGAAUAGAAUAAAAUAAGUAAGUACAAAAUAGAAGUUAAGUACAAACUUAGGGGUGCCUAAAAAUGUCUGGACCUCAGAACUGACUGAAGGACAUUCAGUCGAACCAGUAUCAUUAUUCUGAACUUUUGGGUCUUGGAGAAUUCAAGCAUGUGUUACAAUUUUUGUAAUGGACAUUGUGCAUCAUAGUUUGAUUGACUGCAAGGAGAAUCUGCUUUGAAAAAUUAAUAUUCUACAGUAUAUGCCACAAUUGUCAUCACAUGCAGUGCUCUUACCCAUUGCUAAGUCUUCUUUGGCCUACUAGUCCUUAGCAUUUUAUGAGAUAUGUAAUAGAGUACAUUUAUUGCACCUAUUUUCUAUAAAUAAGUGUUCUUAGUGGAAAUUUCUAUUUCUUAUUUUUAACCUAAAUGAUGUUGCUGUAACCUCAUUAUUUGGAAUGCUCUGCUCACGCUGUUCACCUUUUUUCUGUUGAAUAAACGGACAUAUGGUUUGGAAUGCGG